GGUCAGGAUGGGCCAUUAUCUUUUUUACCCAAACAACACAUCUACUACGCUCAUCUAUUCUACUAUCUACCAGUACGCUCUCAAAUUCCUACCCAAAUACUCCCUUAAAUCAACCUAUUAACAAACUAUUCUACACUUGUUGAUCGAUCGAAAGGGGGCAAUCCUGACCCAAAGGGCAUACAAUUAAAUUACAUUGGGUGAGGAAGUUUAGUUAAGGGGGUCAAAUUGGGUUAUUUAAAAAAAAGAAACCACGUGUGAACAACUAACUGGGUUAUCUUCUUCAAGAAUCCGUUCUUCCUCUUCAAUCCUGCUCGAUUAAGGAUUUGGAUAGUAACGAGAUCGGAUAACGUCAAUUGCAGUUGAUUUGAACAUUAGAAUUCUCAAAGAUGCAAACAGCUGCUCAGCAUUCCAUAACUUUUCACUUGCAUGGCAGAAGAGACUCUACAAAGACAUGUGCUUGGAUGAAAUUCGGGAACACAAGUCAACUGUCUCCAAGACAUAAAUUGGUGAGACGAGUUUUCAAUGAUCAAAGCUGGGUAGAUACUAACCGAACCAACUUCUUCCUAAACAACAAAAACAGGGUUUUCCCGAUCCCCAACACAAUGACAAACGAUGGUCACGCGAUACCUAUUUCUGCAUCUGAAGAUAGUGCAGCCACAAACGACACACCAGAUCAAGAACCACCCCCGUUGUUCAGCAAGUGGACACCUCCGGGAUACCUAUGGAGAGGGUUAUCCGUUUUUGUGUUGGCGGGUCAAGUAAUAAUGAGAGUACUAAACCGUAAAGUCCACUGGAAAAACACUCUCCAACAGCUAGAAAGAGUCGGUCCAAAAUCAGUCGGUGUUUGUCUCUUAACAUCAGCGUUCGUGGGCAUGGCUUUCACCAUUCAGUUCGUCAGAGAAUUCACCAGAUUAGGUCUAAACCGAGCCGUAGGUGGGGUUCUAGCCCUAGCCUUCGUACGUGAGCUAAGCCCUGUGAUCACUUCAAUCAUAGUAGCCGGUCGAAUCGGCAGUGCAUUCGCAGCAGAAUUAGGGACCAUGCAAGUAUCUGAGCAAAUCGACACUUUACGGGUUUUGGGUACCGACCCGGUUGACUAUUUGGUAACCCCACGUGUCAUUGCGUCUUGUUUGGCUUUACCGUUCUUGACCCUUAUUUGUUUUACUGUCGGGAUGGCUUCUAGUGCUCUUUUGGCAGACGGGGUUUACGGAAUUAGCAUUAAUAUCAUUUUGGAUUCGGCUCAAAGGGCUCUUAGACCAUGGGACAUAAUUACUGCAAUGAUCAAGUCGCAGGUGUUCGGUUUGAUCAUAUCUGUUGUGAGUUGUGGUUGGGGGGUUACUACUUUAGGUGGUGCUAAAGGUGUCGGAGAGUCUACUACUUCUGCCGUUGUUCUUUCGCUUGUCGGUAUCUUUAUAGCCGAUUUCGUGCUUUCGUAUUGUUUUUUUCAGGGAGCCGGGGAUUCGCUCAAGAACUUAUGAUUAUUUGAAUCAAAAUUGUUAGCAGCUUUAGAUCUCCUGCACAUGGCUCAUGUGGAACUUGUCCAGUGUGUUACACAGUUAAAGUUUAAUAGUUUAUAAUUUAUAAUUUCAACUA